AGCGGUUGUUACCAAUCACUUCAGACUACAUUCAAAAUGGCGCACUUCACUUUGAAUCACUAUUUUCAACAGGUCGAUGAGGCUUUAAGUUCAAAAGAUGGAGAAACUUCAGCGGAACUAUUGUCUUUCAAGCAUCCACACAUAGCAAGCCCAAAGUUACAGAUAGCAAAUGCACAAGCACAAACAGAGAGAUGGUUUGAGCAGCCUUAUGAUGAACUUAUUGCAUGCCAUCUUAGAGCUGUGUGGUCAGUAUCCAACAAUGAUUACGUAGAAGCCUAUGCAUCGCAAGCAGUUGUUGUUCAAGCUUUUAACAGAGCUUUUCAAACUCAAAAAGAUGAAAACUGGUCCUUACCAUUGAUGAAUGCUGUUGUUUUGGAUCUCAGACAGUUUGCUUCCAAGGCUGAUAAACAGCUAACUCAGAAUGGACGAGGGAAUCCAGGGGAGACUUUAGAAAAGGCUGCAGAAGCUAUUAUGGGAUGUUUUAGGGUGUGUGCUAGUGACAGUCGUUCUUCCCUUGAAGUAUCCAAGAAAUGGGGCAUGCUUGCCUUAGCUAUACAGUUAUUCAAAAUAUAUUUUAAGAUCAAUAAACUUCAUCUAUGCAAGCCAUUAAUACGUGCCAUAGAGAGUGCUCCUAUUAAAGAACAGUUCAAAAUUGGACAUCUUGUUGCUUACAGGUAUUUUGUAGGCAGAAAGUUUAUGUUUGAUGGAGAUUAUAAAUCAGCCAAUGAAUAUUUGACUUUCGCUUUUGAACACUGUCAUCAUAUGUCUCCUAAAAACAAAAGAGCUGUUUUGAUUUAUCUUAUACCAGUCAAGAUGCUUUUAGGUUUGAUGCCAUCAUUAGAAGUUUUGCAAAAAUACAAACUGAUGCAGUUCAUUGAUAUUGUCACGUCAGUAAGAACUGGAAAUCUACUUCUAUUCAAUCAAACUUUAGAAAAACAGCAGGCCUUCUUUAUUGAGUGUGGGAUAUAUUUAAUAUUAGAAAAACUCAAGAUCUUAACAUACAGGAAUUUAUUUAAAAAAGUGUCCAUUUUGUUGAAGACUCAUCAACUACCAUUGGAUGCAUAUGUAACUGCUUUGAAAUGCAUGCAGGUGGAGGAUAUUGAUAUCAUUGAGAUUCAGUGUAUUGUAGCUAACUUGAUUUACAUGGGUUACAUCAAAGGUUACAUAUCACAUCAGCAUCAAAAGUUGGUUGUCAGUAAACAAAAUGCCUUUCCAGCCUUGUCAACAUUCUUAUGAAUAAAGCCCUGCCCAAACAGCUGAUAUGAUAACAAAUGAUAUCAAACAACCUGUCAACGUGUCAUCCGCGAGAGCUAUUGUACACUGGGUAAUUUAUUGGUCAAAGAUAUAAUGUAAGGAUCAGAUUUUAUGACUGACAAACUCAUCAAUAUCUCAGCAGUCAUGAACCUGUCAGAGUCACAAGUAUCAGUUGGAAUUAUUGUAUAAAGUUUAUUUCCAUAAAAAUAAAUCUGAUUGUUKUGUC